CACGCUCAAUGAGGUCGUGCUCCAUCUCUUCGCUCCAGCGUUUGUCUUCCGUAUUACGUUUUUUUGCAGAGGGUGGGUACCAGCAUGGAGUGGGAAAGGACUUUGACAUUCCCAUGGCUCAAUCCACAUUUUGUGGCGUAUUAAAAGACGUGUUACACACUCUUCAAUGUCACCUAUGUCCUCAGUGGGUGAAUCUGGAUUUAAGCAACGAAGAAAAAAGACAAGCAAAGAUGGACUUUUAUCAAAAAUAUGGAUUUCCUGGUGCGAUUUUAUGUGUAGACGGAACACACAUUAAAAUUGUUGCGCCAGCUAAGGACAAAUUCCUGUAUUUUAAUCGUAAAGGGUACUAUAGCAUCAAUGCUAUGAUUGUAAGUCUUGAAAAAACUGAUAUUUCAAAUAUCUUUCUAAUUUUUUAUUUAUUGCAGAUAUGCGAUAAUAAAAUGAGAAUUCGCUACGUGAAUGCGCAGUAUCCUGGCAGCAACCACGAUGCUCAUAUUUGGAACGUAAGCAGCGCGCGAAAUUUUUUUGAAAAUAAAUACCUAAACGGCGAACGAAACACUUGGCUUUUGGGAGACGCUGGAUAUGCUCUAGAGCCAUGGUUAAUGACACCUUUACGUUCACCUACAACAGGAAGCGCCGAAGGAAACUACAAUAAAAUACAUGCAAAAGCCAGAAAUACUAUAGAAAGGACCAUAGGUGUAUUUAAGAACCGAUUCAGAUGCCUUCUGGGUGCUCGUGAGCUUUAUUAUGAACCCAUGAAGGUUUGCCAAAUAGUGAACGUUGCCGCAGCAUUGCACAAUAUUUGUAUGCAUUAUCGCGUGGUUGAUGAUUUUUCAGAAAAUGUUGAAGAAAACCAUUUUAAUCAAACGUGUGAACCUUCUCCUUCAACAUAUACUGAUGCAGCUAUUCGGAUAAGGGAAUCUAUAUCAUCAACAUUAACACGACUAUAG